UAUCUGAAAUGACUGUACCUAUCUUUCGCUGUUACCUUGAUUUGAAGUUUAACCUAUAAAGUGAAGAAUUUCAUAUUUUAAACAAUUUUACUAUAAUAUAUUAAAAUUACACGAGAAUUUAAAAAUGCCAACAAUAUCUGUGAAGAGAGAUUUGCUUUUUGAAGCACUUGGCAAAACUUAUACUGAUGACGAGUUUCAAGAUUUAUGUUUUGAAUUUGGCUUAGAGCUAGAUGAAGUUACAACUGAGAAACAGAUGUUAAUCAAAGAACAAGGUGACCAGGCAGGUGCUGGUGUCUCAGAAGAAAUACUGUAUAGAAUUGACAUACCUGCCAAUCGUUAUGAUUUACUCUGCCUAGAGGGACUAGUGGAAGGAAUAUUGGUAUUCCAAAAUAAGAAGGCUCCACCUCAGUACCGGCUAAAAAAGUAUGAAGACUGUUAUUCAUUACACCUCACUCCUGCCACAGCACAGAUCAGGCCUUAUGCUGUUGCUGCAGUCCUUAAAGGCAUCACUUUCACCAAGGAAUCAUAUGAUAGUUUCAUAGAUUUACAGGACAAAUUACAUCAAAACAUUUGCAGAAAGAGAACCUUAGUAGCUAUUGGUACUCAUGAUUUGGACACUGUUAAAGGACCUUUUGUUUAUGAUGCUUUGCCACCAGAUCAGAUCAAGUUCAAAGCUUUAAAUCAACAGAAAGAAAUGACAGCAUCAGAACUAAUGGAAUUAUAUUCGAGCCAUGCCCAAUUGAAACAGUAUUUGGGCAUUAUACGGGAUAGUCCUGUUUAUCCAAUAAUUAAAGACAAGGACGGCAUAGUGUUGUCAAUGCCACCAAUCAUCAAUGGAGACCAUUCUAAAAUUACAUUAAACACCAAAAAUGUCUUCAUCGAAUGCACUGCCACUGAUCUAACUAAGGCUAUUAUAGUACUCGACACAAUAGUCUGUAUGUUCUCCAAAUAUUGCACCAACCAGUAUGAGGUACAGCAAUGUAAGGUAUACAGUCCAGAGGGAACUUAUGAACUCUACCCAAAAUUGGAAUAUAGGGAAGAAUUAAUCAAUGUUGAUAAAGCAAAUAAUUAUAUUGGAAUCAACGAGGAUGGUGACAAGUUGGCGGCAUUACUGUCGCGAAUGUGCCUGCCGACACGGCUGGCGGAGCCCGCGUCGCUGGCGGUGCGGGUGCCGCCCACCAGGCAUGACGUCAUACACGCUUGCGACCUCUAUGAAGACAUCGCCAUCGCUUACGGGUUCGUUUCUCUUUAGACGCCUUUUAUUGAAAUUGGGAUUAUACCUGCGCGCGUGGUGACCACGGGCGCCCCGACUGAGAAGCUGACCGAACAACUGCCUCAGUGCGCACACGCAGGCUUCACGGAGGCGCUCACUUUCAACUCGUUAUGUUCUCGAGAAGACAUAUCAACGAAACUAGGACUCAAAAUUGAAGAUAUACCAGCAGCACACAUCUCAAAUCCCAAGACGCUGGAGUUCCAAGUAGUUCGAACUGUCCUGCUGCCUGGUUUACUGAAGACACUGGCAGCCAACAAGAAAAUGCCCCUACCGUUGAAACUGUUUGAAAUAAGCGACGUGGUACUAGCGGAUAAGACUGCUGAGACUGGAGCACGUAACUGGCGACGCAUCUGCGCGGUGCACUGCGGGCGAGCGGCCGGGUUCCAGUUCGUGCACGGGUGCUCGACCGGCUCAUGUUGCGUAUGCCGCUGGCGUUCGCUGCGACAGACGGACGAUCCAGCGUAUUUCCCUGGACGUUGUGCAGAAGUCGUAAUGGACGGGCAAGUUAUUGGCAAAAUAGGAGUUAUCCAUCCGACUGUGCUGGCAGCUUUUGACCUCACCAAUCCUUGUUCAGCGGUUGAAAUCAAUAUAGAACCAUUUGUAUAAAAUAUUAUAAUAAAAAAAUAUUUAUUUA